CUUAGUUGUCGUAAAGCCAGCAUUUCAUUUACAUUUUUUUAUUUUUUUUUUAUAAUUAGAAUUGAACCUAUUUGUUGUUGCCUUCGAAAACCGUUUGUUACUCAUCCAUCAUCUUCUACAACUCUCUCGUGAGUCGUGACUCUUGCAUCAACAACUCCAACUCUGCAAUCACAAAUCGAGAGAUAAUUCAUUUCAACAUGGUUUGCUUGUUUUGCUUAUUGCCCCUUUUCCUCGUUCCAAUCGUCAACGUAUUACCUAUUCUCUUCUAUUAUCUUAUGGGAAAAGUAUAUCGUCUUUUCGGCUGGGAGUAUAGGAAACCAGAGAUUGCCCCUCCUGCAUGUCCUUACAAGCCUGCAGCCCAAAAGGACAGUAAAGUAGAAGCUGAAGCUGCGCCGGCUCCAGUAGAAGCUGUAAAGGCUGGAGGAGUAGAUGUCAAGCAGGACUAACAUCACAUCUCAAGAUCAUUCAAAAUAUUAAAUUAUAAAUUGGAAAUGAUCUUAAGAUCUAUCAGAAAACAAAGACUUAACAUAUUAUAUGUGAUAUGUAUAUAAGAGUACGGUCAGUUCUGUUUGGAUUGCAUUGUUUUUUGAUAUCUGAGUUGAAAAUGAAUCCAAUUCAAUAAAAAAAACUUGAUUUUUGGUUACCA